AUGUCUUCGCCUUCUCGGCCGUCCACGCAAGAGCCAGCGCUGGCCACCACCAAGCGCAAGUUUGACACGCUCCUCGACAAGCUCACUGCCAGCGCUUCGACCACCUCCCUAGCAACCACCCUGCGCGAAUCCAAUGCCUCCGCGACCUCCCUCACUAGUCCUCCACCCCCCGAACCCAAGACCAAACGCUCUCGCCUCUCAGACAUACUCAUGGAUCGUUCGCGCCAGGUAUCUGGCAACGAGCGAAUCCAAGCCCUCAAGGACCAACUAUUCACUCCUCAAAAAGAUAGUCCUAGGGCGACUGUUGGGACCAGCGUGCGUGCUGUUGGAACCAAUAUCAGAUCACCUGUGACUACGACAACACCGCGAAAACCUAUCAACUACCAACCCUACAGCCAGGACCAAUUCCUCGAUAGACUCAAGACGUUUGCCGACGUCAAGAAGUGGACCAGCAAGCCAGAUCCUGUUGGCGAGGUCGAGUGGGCGAAGCAGGGCUGGACUUGCGACACAUGGAAUACCGUGGCUUGCAAAGGAGGGUGUGAGCAGAGGGUGGCGGUCAAGCUUCGCCCGAAGCGGAAAGAUGCAAGUGGAAAAGAGAUAGACAUGAGCGAAGACCUUGCGGCAGACAUCGACGACGGGCUGGUCGAAAAGUAUCGAGAACUUAUUGUUGAUGGCCAUCAUGAAGAUUGUCUAUGGAGAAAGCGCGGCUGUUCAAAUGACAUCUACCACAUUCCUAUACCUAAUCGUGCCAAGAGUACCGGGGACCUCCUUCUCCGUUACCGUUCAUUCAAGGCCAUCGCCAAAGAUCUGCCAACCCUGGAAAACCUUAUUUACCCCGAUCCACGUGUAGAAGACAUACUUCGCCGCGUAUCGCCCUCAUUUUUUGCCCCUCCAGGAUCUGAUAUCACUGAACAACCCCCCAACUCCCCCACCGACACCGUUGCAUUCCUGCUCGCGCUUUUUGGCUGGGCAGGUGUGUCUGAGUCCCGGAUAUCUUUGGCAGUCUGUAAUCACUGUUUUCAGCGUACAGGUCUUUGGCUCUGUGCCGACGCACGCCUCCAGGAGAUGAGCAAAAAACUGUCCGUUCCCAUUGAGACGCUGCGGCUCAACCUCGUGGAAGCCCAUCGCGAGCACUGCCCAUGGAAGAAUCCCGAGACCCAACGCAAUCCGCUCGACGGGCCCAUUGCGCACAUGGCCGGCUGGCAAACACAAACUUUCAUGCUCCUAGGCAAGAAGAAAGAAAUAGUAAAGGAACAGCAUCAGAGGAACAUCGAGAGUGUCGAUCUAGGCAGCGAAUAUACUUACCCGAGGGGCAGUGUGGAUAGUGGACACACAAGCUUCAUAAAGGAAGACGAAGACGACAAGCAGGAAUCGAGAUGGCGCAAGUUCAAGGCCAAGCUGCGAAGGACGACUAGCAAGAAGAGCUUGAAGAGUGUCAAGAGUGCUAAGAGUACGAAGAGCGUGAUAGAUAAAGACAAGGAGAACAAGUGA